GUGCACAGACCUACCGUAUACCCCACGCGUCAGCCGUAGAACGAGGCAUUAGUAAGGGAGAGAUCCGCUGAGGAGGUUCGAUUGACUGGGCUAGUCUGGACGAGGGACACCUCAUCCGUUUGGCCUUUCUCUCUGUCCUCCGUGAUCUGAAGCUUUCGCUAUGAAGCUUCUCUCUCUCCCGGCGGCGUUAGGGUGCAUCGCCAUCCUCGCCACCCUCCCGCUCGCCUCCGCUUUCCUCCCCACAAGCCUCAACUACUCUGACCCCACUGUGGCCUCUCUCUUCUGCCCUAGCGAGAUGGAUGGGCCCACUUCCGAUCACAAGGCCAUCACUCGCGAGGCCCUGCGGCGGGAGGUUCGUCGGUUCCUGUUGGAGAUCGCACCCCCGAACUCGACCGUCACUAUCCCUGAAGACGCCUCGCUCUCUGAGAUCUUCCGCGCCUACUAUGGGCCCUCUGCCUCACCUGCCCGCUUCAUCAAGGCCGUGAACGAUAUCGCCUGGAGCAAUGCCCUGACCGAGGCGGGGAGCCAGACGAAGUUCCACGCCGCCCACCACAUGGAGGGUGAGCGCCUGGCGGAGGGACACUCGAUGCUGCAGGGCCGCUACCAACAGAUGAUUCGGACCAUCACGGUGGAUAAGGCCUAUGACUUCUCCAGGGAGCUUUUCGGCGCCUCCCUAAACGGCAUUCAGGACUUCUACUCCCAGACGACAUGGGUGGAGCUGGGACGAGACGGGGUGCUGGAGGGCCUGGGGCUGCCUGGGGCUGACCUGGGGGAGAUAGCAGGACCCGAUGACCUAGUCUGCACCAACUGUGACUCCACGACGGGUGCCUGCCACGAUAACGUCAUCCCCACGGGCAAGUUGAGCAGCGGUUAUUACGAGUACACUGCCGCGGGUUCCGAUGGCCUGGUCGUUCUGAAGCCGGAGGGGGCAGGUAAAUGCAGCCACGGUGGGUUGCUGGACGCCUCUGCCACGAAGGACGCCACCGGGGGAGUCAGCAAGGAGUCUUCAUCCCCGUGUUUCUCCCCGCAUCACUACCUUCAUCAGCAGGCCGUUGAUCUUGCCAUUACAGCGAGCGAGAAAUACAUCAAGACCGUGCGAGACGCCAUCGGGAAUGAGCACUUCGUCAACUUGCUCAACCUCUACCAAGGCUCCGCUCUCUCCAUUAUCAUCGACACAACGGGUUCUAUGACUGAUGAAAUUGCGACCGUGAAGGAGACGGCGAGACUCAUCGUGGAAAAAUCUCAUCCUCAACAAUACAUCUUUGUACCUUUUGCAGACCCAGGGUACGGUCCAGUCACCAAGACCUCGGAUGCUGAAGAGUUCCUGGAGGUGGUGGAUGCUGUCCAUGCAUCGGGUGGAUGUUGCUGUAUAGAGGAACUGUUCUGGCACGGUCUCCAGCUGGCCCUCAUCAACACCCCCGACUACUCCAGCAUUUUCUGUUUCACUGAUGCCGGAGCCCAUGAUGCCGAACUUAUGGAUGGAGUUUUGGCUCUCGUGGCGGCCAAGCACUGCCAGGUGAACAUAAUCUACAGCUACAACAACAGAAGGGAAGGAGAGGCUCGGGACUGUGCCAGUGAUAAUGGGUACGUAGUCUCGGGCACAGAAGAACUCGAGUACUUGGCUGCUGUCUCGGGCGGGUUGUUCCUCGAGUUGAAUUCCUUCGACAUCAACGACAUUGACGGCAUCAUGGAGGAGGCUGUGGGUGAGAGCAAGGUGAGCAUUGUGAAGAGAAGCGGAGUGAACCAUCACCAAGACUUCUCCUUCCCCAUCGACGGUUCCAUCUUUGACUUUGAUUUGGUCAUAUACGGCCCCAUCUCCAAGGCCAGCCUCACGGACUACCUGGGGACAUUUUACGAUAUAAUGGAUGAAGCUGCACUGUCUAGCACUGCGGGCGUGGAGGUGGUCUCGUACAUGCCCACCCUCAAAGUCAUCAGGUUCAACUCACCGAUCCUUGGGGAAUGGGCCUUCGAGGCUGACGGAGCGGAGGAGUACAGCAUAUCAGUUAGCGCGACCUCCACCCUUGGCCUGCUGACGGAGUUUGCCGAGCUUGACCUCACGCCGCCACGGCCAGGCUACGUCAUCGUCCGUGGGUCACCCCUGGCAGGGGAGCAAUACUACGUGGAAGUCACCAUGAUCGGCUACCUGGAGAGCCACGUGGACAGAGUGAAGGCCAUGAAGUUCUUGGACACGGCUGGCGAAGUGCUGUCCACUGUCCCAUAUGAAGACAUGGUGGAUGUCCACUUCUACAUCCUGUCCGAGGCUCUGCCAAGUGGUUCCUUCUACAUUGAGGUGAAUGGCUUCCUGGAGUCAGGUGAACCCUUCACCCGCCUCUACCCCACCAUGGCCCAGCCGGUGGAGUGCAUCAUUGACCUGCUGAAGGAGGAGUCGGUGCUGUCGGCCACACCAGGAGAGACCACUCAGGCCAUCUUUACGGUGUACAACUAUGGCCCAAAAGCUACAUUCCAGUACACAGCCAUUGAUGAGGAAGGAUUCAUAACAGACUGGACACCAACAACGUCAACAAUUGAUUCCAUGGGGACGUCUAAUGUGGCGGUGAACUUUAAAGUGCCGCUCACCGCUCUCCCAGGCACCACCAGCACCAUCACCUUCACGGCCUCCUCGCUCGCCUCCGAGAACAACGUCAACACUUACAUCACAUACUACAUAGUGCUUGAUAUGUUUGAGGAUUCUGUGCCGCCGACCUGUGUGAGCAGCGACACGCCAGACUGUUCCGGUUACGACUCCGAAGACACUUGCUCCGGGAACACCUGGUCUGUGGAGGCAACACUGCAAGACACAGACUCUGGCAUGCUGCAAGUCUACUCCCAGCCCAGUGAGGAGCUGAGUCUGGACGGCUUCGCCACGUCCACCAAGGAUCCCGUCACGGCCACCUUCACAGGCAGCUGUUGUCUCCGAGAUGCUACCAUUGUCGGGGUUGACGUGCGGGGCAACGUUGGUUACUGUAAUUGGGAUUUGGGUCCCCUGAAAGGCGUGGUGCUGGAGUUUGUGGCUGAGUCCGUUGGGGAGAGUUGGGUGUACCUGCGCUGGAGUGUCAGUGAAGUUCGGGACGACCUGGACAGGUACUCUGUCCUGAUUGAUGAAGACUACACAGACACUUCCAAGUGCCCAGAGCUUGUGUGCCACAUGAACGUGACCUACCUGGACCCCUGCUCCCUGCACACCUUCACCCUCACACCGCACUACAAGAGCACUGAGGGAGUAGUGACACAGGGCAUCCCGCUGGACACGGACGCCACAACGCUGGGCGCAGUCCCAGCGGCCCCGACCAACCCCUCCAUUGACUACGUUGACGAGACCACCACCAGCCUCUCCUGGACACCCCCGAGCAACCCUGACUGUCUUGACCACUUCCAGGUGUGCUUGACAAUGUUUGGGACAACAGAGGGUCAAUGUGAAACCACCAGCAACAACAGCAUCACCCUGGAGGGCCUGGAGGCAUGCACCUUGUAUCACGUCAACAUCACUUCUGUUUCCAUUGCUGGCCAGCUGAGUGAGGACAGCCUUGUCUUUGACACCAACACAAAUGAUGCAGCCCCUGGUGCGCCCCAGAACCUGCAGGUGAUCAACCAAACAGCAAACUGGGUUGAACUGUCCUGGGAUAACCCCCUUGAGAGGGCCAGCUGUAUAGACAAGUGGAUGAUCUCUGCGGAGGAGUACCUCAGGUUCCAAGAGGUGAAAACCGUGGCCGACAACUAUGCCACAGUGAACAACCUGCUUGCCUGUGUCAAGUACAUCUUCUAUGUGUCGGGAGUGUCUCCUGAAGGUGCCCGGGGCAGCACGGAGACCACCACCGCCACCAUGGAUGAGAUUGAGCCAACAGCCGUGGAGUCGGUGGCGGCCAGUGCGCUGGAUGCCAGCAGUGUGAAGGUCGUGUGGGUCCCUGCCACCCUGGAGGAGUGCGUCCACCACUACCUUGUCUGCAUCACUGACCUGACCUCCCUGGCACAGCAGUGCCACAACAACACCGACCUGCAGGACACAUUCACGGACUUGGAGGCAUGUAUGGACUACGAGGUGACAGUGACCUCAGUUGCCCCUUCCGGCAGGCUGGGCACCUUCAUGUAUGACAUCACCCGCACCAAGGACCUGCCCGCCGGCCCGCCAACCAGCCUUGAGGUGACGGACAUCACGCCCCACACUGCUCUGGUGUCCUUUAGGCCACCGCUGGAAAACCCUCUUUGUGUCGUGGAGUACGACAUUGAGAUAGAGGAGCUGGGAAGUGCAGCAACCACCAGGAGCGUUCCUGCCAGUGUGUUCCUGCAGCAGAUGGUGUCGGGCCUGGAUGCCUGCACCAGCUAUGAGGUGCGAGUCUCUGCUGUCACUGCUGACGGACUUGUAAGUGAGAAAGUGAACAGCAGCUUCACAACAGCGGAGGACACCCCUUCUGCUCCUCGAGCCCUCACACACAUCACAGCGGCUGCAGACCAAGUCCAGCUGCACUGGUUUGCACCCCUGACAAACCCCACAUGUGUUGUAACCUACAAACUAUCGUGGACCAAUGGCAGUGACAGCGGCAGCAUGGACUACUCUCCCUCGGGUCACCCACCAGAGGUCUCGGUGACAGUGAGUGGCCUGGAGAGCUGCUCACCCUACACCUUCACUGUCCUGGCUGCAACACCGCUCGGGGUGGAGGGACCAUCUGCAUCAUACACCACCUCCACCACUUGUUAGGAACCCUUGGGCUGCUAAAAGUGUGAGUCUGGUGUUUACAAGAUCUCGACUGAACUCACCCUAUCUCAAGUGAAGAGGUUUAGUCCUACAAAGCCUGGGAAGUAACAGAGUGGCAGCAACACCUCACACAAGACUCCUGUAGGUACUUGCUGCAUGAACCCUUGAUGGCAUGACUUAUUGGGGUGCUAGAAGUGUGAGUCUGGUGAAUACAAGAUCCUGACUGGACUCACCCUAUCUCAAGUGAAGAGGUUUAGUCCUACAGAGCCUGGGAAGUAACAGAGUGGCAGCAACACCUCACACAAGACUCCUGUAGGUACUUGCUGCAUGAACCCUUGAUAGCAUGACUUUCUUCCUUGUCCUUGUAAACUAGAAAGUUGUAGUUUAUGAUAUUUAUUGAUUGUAUCCUCUUCACAUUUCCUAAGAUGGAGAACCUUUCUGAAAUAGCCUCUUGUGUUACCUCGGGUUUUGUUGUGGUCAUUAUAUAUGAUGUUCUGUGGGAUGGUUACUAUUUCAAUUCAUUAUCUUUUUUUAUGGGCUUUUGUUCAGUUAUUCACUUAAAUGAUUUCUGUAUUGUUAAUAUAUCUUAGUCUGAUUGCUCUGUAUAUUCCUCUGGUGACAAGGUAGAGUUUCUUGGUAACAUUUACACUGUCCCAAAAAGAGUAAGAAUAUAUCGCAUAUUUAACACCGAUACAGCUUCCGUCACAACUCAAUAAGACAUUUUCUGCCGUUUGUC